AUGGUAGAAAGUACCUAUGCGAGUGAUUCGCCCAGAUCGCGUUCUCCGAUGACGGAGCCGUCGAGUCCUCUUCAAGAUGGUCCCGGAAUAUCCGGCUACGGUCAUAGAUAUCUCUACAAUUACUCACCAGAAAGCUUGCAGCACAAGCUGAAGAGCAACGACGAGCACAGCAAUGUGACAGGAAGGCGACACGAUAUCGAUGGACGUGACAGAACGUUCUCAAGGAGUCCAGUGAGCUCCGACGAGGUGCGAUACAGAGCACGCGAGGUUUCUAGACCGAGUUCCUCAGCGACCAUGUCCUCCCCCACGUCCGCCUUCACCAUCGAAAAUAUCUUAGCACCUAGACCCAUCGGUAACAUGACACCCACCACCACUAGUAGCCUUGGGUCUAUUAUCCAAAAUCCGGAAGCCGUAGGUUCGCCAUCAAGGACCACGGCGAUGCAUCCUCUCCAGCAACAGAUUCACCAUCUGGCGUUCACAUCCGCAGACCUGUUUGCUGCAGCAUAUCCUAGUUUAUACUCCGGCGGCUACGUGGCAGCGAUGGCAGCUGCCGGUGUUUCGCUCCACGGUCAGCCAGCCUUCUAUCACGCAGCUCAUCCUUAUCAAAUAAAUCCAAAUGCCGCAGCAGUAGGGCCAAUGGCGAAGAGGAAGCGUCGUCACAGGACGAUAUUCACUGAAGAACAGCUGGAGCAACUGGAAGCCACUUUCGACAAGACACAUUAUCCAGACGUGAUCUUGAGAGAACAAUUGGCGCUUCAGGUCGAUCUCAAGGAGGAGAGAAUUGAGGUGUGGUUCAAGAACCGACGUGCCAAGUGGCGUAAACAGAAACGGGAAGAACAGGAACGUAUGCGGAAACUUCAGCUGGAGCAACGUCAACGAGCAGACGACAGUGUAUCAACGCCUUCGGUCAAAGUCACGGAACACUUGACGUUGUCCAGGCAGCAACAGCAGCAACAGCAACAUGAACAGGACACCGACAGCUCGGAUCUGGAAGUGGCGUAG